AUGCGGAUGCGCUACCUGCGGGCGGUGCUCCGGCAGGACGUGGAGUACUUCGACCUCAAGACGGGCACCACGUCGGACGUGAUCGCCAGCGUCUCCAGCUACAACCUGGAAGUGCAGGACGUGCUGAGCGAGAAGCUGCCCAACUUCGUGAUGAACUGCUCCAUGUUCCUGGGCGGCUACGCCGUCGGGCUCGCGCUGCUCAGGCCGCUGGCGCUCGUGCUGCUUCCGUCCGUGCUGCUGCUCGUCGUGCCCGGCUUCCUCUAUGGCCGCGUCCUCAUCGGCCUCGCGCGCCGGAUCAGGGAGCAGUACACGCGCCCGGGCGUCGUCGCGGAGCAGGCCGUGUCGUCGGUGCGCACCGUGUACUCGUUCGUCGCGGAGAGGAGCACCAUGGCGCGGUUCUCCGCCGCGCUCGAGGAGUCCACGCGGCUCGGGAUCAAGCAGGGUCUCGCCAAGGGUGUUGCCAUUGGCAGCAGUGGCGUCAGCUUCGCCAUCUAUGCCUUCAGUGUCUGGUACGGCAGCCGGCUGAAGCUCGGCCUCAACGGCGUGGAGGACAUCGCCAUCUACCAAGGCUUCAAGCUCCCCGACAGCGGUUCUGCCUGUUUCCUCCGAGGCGGCGCGCUCCACUGCUUCGAGUACGGCGUCCCCGUCGCGGCGUUCCUCGCCAAGCUCCGCGGGGGCACCUGCACCAUCGCACGCCCGGACACCACGGAAGCCGCCGUGCGCGGCACCAUGAACCUCCUCCACGGCCACGACUCCACCUGCGUCAUGCUCAUCCCUAAGCCGGAUUACUCCGUCCUCGGCUUCGCCUACACCGAGCCCACCACCGCACCCGCCGGGAAGCUCUUCCAGGCGGCCUCUGCCGGCUUCUACAUCGACGUCGCCCCCAGCAAUAUUGCUGACUACGUGCCCACCAUGUGUUCGAUGUAUUGCCGCAGUGGCUUCACUUCCAUGCCGACCACAGCACUGAGCAGUUCUACUCCAACCUGGAUGUCUGUCGAGUUCGUCAACAGCUGUGACAAGCGACCGUGGCCACCACCAUCUCAAGCUCCAGUGUUCAGUGAACAAGGUAUGCACAAACUAGUGGUUGGUACUCUUCUUGACGCUAAGCCGGAUGUCAUAUGGUCAAAGCCCCCUUGGCCACCACCACACAUGCACAUUGAGUUUGAGUGUGGCAGUGAUGAUAUACGUCCAUUUCCAUGGCCAUCUUUCACCACAAUCGUUCCUGAGCUUGCUAUUUGGAAGUGUUGCACUUUGCCCAGGAAGCCUCCAUGGCCACCCCCAGCUCAUCAAUAUUUUAGAACUGUGCAUGCUCAAACUAUGGAAGGUUGGAAGCACAAGACAGUGAUAACAGAGUGGAGUCUCCAUGUGCUCAUUCAGGAAGGAAGGCAACAACAGUGUGGUUGUACUUUUGGGCUUGUCUGGCAUAAGGAUAGAUUAAUGGUGCCCAAGUGGCUUGCUGAUAGUGAUGACAUUUCUAGUGUUCUAUGGACAUCAGUGUUGGACUGCGACCAUUACCAUGGCCCUCCUUCAGAGCAUUCCAUGAAGUUACUGCAGCGUGGUGGUGUUCCAGUUUGCUCCUACUGCCAACAGGGCUACCUUCAGCUUGGUGGCAUUCUGGGUAACAAAGCGAGGGUUGCUAACAUCGCUCUGCUCGAGCGGUUCUACGACCCGUCGGCUGGGGAGGUGAGCCUCGAUGGCGUGGACAUCCGGCAGCUGCGGCUCAAGUGGCUGCGCGCGCAGAUGGGGCUCGUCAGCCAGGAGCCGUCGCUGUUCGGCAAGGAGGACGCAACAGAGGAGGAGGUCGUCGCCGCGGCGAAGGCGGCCAACGCCCACAGCUUCAUCGCCCAGCUGCCGCAGGGCUAUGACACGCAGGUGGGUGAGCGUGGUGUCCAGAUGUCUGGAGGACAGAAACAAAGGAUUGCAAUUGCCAGAGCAAUCCUAAAGUCACCCAAGAUCCUUCUCCUUGAUGAAGCCACCAGUGCAUUGGACACUAACUCAGAGCGUGUGACCAGAUAUUCAAGGGAGGCUACAGAGGUUGGUGGAACUGAAAGUACAUCUAAUAUGGGACAAUACAGCAGCCACAGUGUGAGUAGGAGACUCUCUGCAGCUUGCAGCUCAAGCUCAAGGAGGUCAGUGGACAAUGCAAAAGAUGAUUACGACAUAGACAAGCCAAAGAUACCAGUGUCAAAGCAAUCUAUACAGGCACAAUCUGAAUGUAGUAAGCUAGCAGCUGAGGCUGUCACUAAUCUUCGCACCAUCAUUGCUUUCUCAUCCCAGGAACGCAUCUUGUGCCUCUUUGACCAAGCACAGGAUGGAACACGCAAUGAAAGCAUCCGGCAAUCAUGGUUUGCAGGUCUUGGCCUCGGCACGUCCAUGAGUCUUUUGAGAUGCACUGCAGCCCUCGACUUCUGGUAUGGUGGCAAGCUCAUUGCUGAACAUCACAUUACUGCUAAAGCCCUCUACCAAACCUUCACGAUUCUAGUAGGCACAGGACGUGUAAUUGCAGAUGCAGGUAGCGUGACAACAUACCUUGCUAAGGGUGCUGAUGCAGUCGCUUCUGUGUUUGCUAUUCUUGACCGGGAAUCAGAAAUUAACCCUAACAGCCCUGAGGGAUACAAACCAGAGAAACUCAUGGGUACCAUUAGAGAGAACAUUAUGUAUGGAACAGAAAGAGCGAGUGAGGCAGAAAUUGAGAAUGCAGCAAGGUCCGCCAAUGCACAUGACUUUAUUAGCAACCUAAAGGAUGGAUAUGACACAUGGUGUGGUGAGCGGGGUGUUCAGCUGUCAGGAGGUCAGAAGCAGCGCAUUGCAAUCGCCCGUGCAAUCUUGAAGAACCCUGCUAUCUUGCUACUUGAUGAAGCUACAAGUGCACUGGACAGCCAGUCAGAGAAGGUGGUGCAAGAGGCGCUGGACCGAGUAUCAAUUGGCAGGACUAGUGUAGUUGUGGCACAUAGGCUAAGCACUAUCCAGAACUGCGACCAGAUCACCGUGCUUGAGAAAGGAAUUGUUGUGGAGACAGGUACACAUGCAUCCCUCAUGGCCAAGGGUCCUGCUGGAACAUACUUUGGACUGGUUAAUUUGCAACAAGGAAGCGACCAUCACUGA